GUUUCUUCGCGUGGCGCUGGUUCCGUCUAAAUAUUUAUAAAAAUUUUCAAAAUUUUUCAAAAUAAUUUAAUCUUUUUUGAAAAUGAAAUCUUUAUUGAUAUGUGCCUUAUUUAUUGGUAUUUUUGCCGCCUUCGCUUACGCCGGCAAUGAUUAUUCGUGGGGUAUAAUUACGGACAAAGAUGUCUUAAUUUCCAAUUCGACCGUAAGGACGGUGUCUAGGCCGUUUAUAAGAACUGCGAAGAAACUUGUUUUCAAGCAGAAGCUCAAGGAUCCGUAUACAAUCGUUGCUAUCAAAGUGACCGACAAGAAGAUUAUCGGCGGCGCUACGGUGACUAUACUCAGUGGCGGUGUGGGUUCACAGAAUGUUACGCUGCUUUUUAAAUCAGAACGUGGUAAAAGCAUUAAUGAUCAGGUGGAGAUUUAUGGGCGUUGAGUGGAACGAAAGUUGACAAUUAUAUAUGCCAAAAUUUUGAAAUUGAUUUUUAUGGACAGUUAAAAUAAAUUGUUUAUGCAAAAACUUUUAA